GGGUAUUUGUUUUAUGGGCGUUUUUUCGUUAUCCGGCGCCUGCAUACUGUGUGGCUCUCUCGCAGCGUUUCUUCUGUAGAGUCACUGAGAUUGUUCCAAUCGUUUCACAACAGAGAAAGAAGGAAAUAACAUUAUCCUUUGCUACCCAAAUGCCGUCUUAACAAAUGCUAUGCAGUCUCUGUGCUUCACUAAGCUGUUGACAUUGAAGUCUGGAUUUGGCUGAAUGAGCUCCCAUGCCUUUACUGGCGGAGAUUGCUACUGCGCAGCCUGCGUUCCAAAGUCACUUUUGUGUACUCAGGGCCCAAACUCUUAUUCAUGGUAGAUUUUCCUGUGCUUGGAAAUCCUGGGGCCUAUCUAAAGAACUAAACUUUGACGUGAGACACCUUGAGGUGCGAAGGGGUGGACUCCUGAUUAAGGCUGUUGCUACUCUUGAACCCACCAAGGGUUUGGUUCAGAAUAAAAAUGGACACAAGGGUUGCGAUGUACCACCUAUUGCUAACAGCUCAAGUUUCCAGACAAUUGAACUUGAGUCUUCAAGCGAAGAUUUGAAGGAAUUGGAUGAAAGAGAGAGAAUGAGAAGAUUGAGAAUCUCUAAAGCAAAUAAGGGUAACACGCCAUGGAACAAAGGCAGGAAGCACAGUGCAGAAACACUUCAACGGAUCAAAGAGAGAACAAAGCUUGCAAUGCAGGAUCCUAAGGUCAAAAUGAAGUUAAGUAACCUUGGACAUGCUCAGAGCAAAGAGACAAGGAUGAAAAUUGCAGUUGGAGUACGAGUGGGGUGGCAAAAGCGACGUGAGAAGCUGAUGGUGCAGGAAGGUUGCUGCUUUGAGUGGCAGAACCUAAUUGCAGAAGCUUCUAGAGGAGGCUCUGUUGGUGAAGAAGAGUUGCAGUGGGACUCCUACAGGAUCUUGGAUGAACAGCUCAAGGAGGAGUGGUUAGAGAGUGUUGAACAAAGGAAAUUAACGCCCAGGCCAAAAGGUGGCAAGAGAGCACCAAAGUCCCUUGAGCAAAGGAGGAAAAUUUCAGAAUCCAUCUCUGCAAAAUGGGCUGAUCCUGAGUACCGUGAUCGGGUUUGCUCUGGCUUGGCUAAAUAUCAUGGUAUAAAACCUGGUACAGAAAGAAAACCAAGGAGAAGGCCAAGUGAUGGUGAACAGACAUCUAGAAGGAGACCCAUCAUAAAGAAAAGAACUAGUUAUAACAACUAUGCUACGGCCGAGAGUAAAAUCAAAACUCAGCGAUUAAGGUUGAGGAGAAAUAGUGCGCCCCAGUACAAAGAUCCCCUGGCUAGUUCUAAGCUGGAGAUGAUAAAAGACAUCAGAGCAAAGAGAGCAGUUGCAGACACAAAGAAAACUGAAGCCAUUGAACGAGCAAGGCUAUUGAUUGUUGAAGCUCAGAAGGCUGCCAAGGCCCUUGAGGUUGCUGCAGUGAAGAGCCCUAUUGCUAGAGCUUCCCUGAUGGAAACGAGAGAGCUUAUAGCUGAAGCAAUCCAAUCAAUUGAAUCCAUAGAGACUGGUCAAAUCACUUCCCAUGAGAAUGGCGGUUACCCUUCAGCUACCUCUAAUGAACUGAUUAGCCAGGAUCAGGAGGAUACAAGGAUAGAAGUCAAUGGGACCUCAAUCAGGCCAAGUGAGGAUGAGGACUUUAACUUGAGCAAGUUCACCUUGCAUGAUUUUUUGAAUAAUGAGGAGAAACUUCUGCCGACCAGCUUCGGUGGCCCUGGUUCGUCUCCUUUUAGUUUUGAGAAUAUAAUGAAGCAAUCAGGUUCAAGAAAUCUCCCUGACCAGCCAGAGCCAAAUGGGAAUAGCAACUGUGGAAAAGACCCUCUACCAAAUGGAGCCCAUGUUCAGUCCCUGGAGGAGGAAACACCUGAAUCGGUUGCUGUAACGAAAAAAUGGGUUUGUGGAAGGCUCAUUGAAGUGGCCGAAGGACCAUAGUGUUGGCGCAAGAACAUCAUAAUCUAUAUUACGACAUUUAUCUCAGUAUUUGGAACAUAUGAAUGUAUAAUGCUAGUAUUGGUCACAGCUGUUUCAACCCAAAGGGCCUUUGCUAUCUUGCUUCAACACAUGUUGGCUACUGCAGUCAGCAUGUGCCGUCGGUGUUGUGGUUCAUACUACAGUAUUUGCAGCAAUAGUAGUGCCAGCAUUAAUGUAGGUUAGUAACAAGAUUAUGUAAUAGGCUCUAUCCAUGUUUCAUUAAUUGAACCAUUGAAUAUAUUUCCCUCUUCAAGGUACUUCAUAAUUCAUCGGGAAUUCUACUCCGUAGAGUUCUUUAAAUCAAUGAAACAUGGAUUUUCUGAUUUA